AUGGCGAACUCGAAAGAGAACACUCCCACCGGGAGCCCGUCUCCCUCAGAAGAAAACUUAAGCGACAGUCUACCAGGCACGAUAGACAAGUCGCUACCCGCUGAAGGUAGGGACAAGCCUGUCCCUACAAGAAACCCAUCUUUCUCGCCACAGAGAUCCGUCUCGCCGCGAAGAUCGACUUCGCCGCAACGAUCUCCUCCGCCAAGAAAGGACGAGAGCCCUCCUCCGUCCGCACCACGCCGCUCGAGAAAAUCUUCCUCGAGCGACAAACCCCGCAGCUCGAAGAAAUCCUCCUCGAGCGAGAAGAUCCUCAAACUCAUGGAGAAUCUCGUCAAGCCACUCGCCGACGGUUUCGAGUCAAUGCGAGCACAGCAGAAAAAGACUCAGGAACAGGUGGAAGCCCUAGCACGAGAAGACGAUGAAAAUCCGUCAAGUCCCACCGACGGAACAACCCCCCGUCCUGCGCACUUCAGGCGACUUACCACUCAAGAGCUUGAACGGGUGAAUCGCCGCCUCGACGAGGUCGAUUCGAAAGUUCAUCGCGCCACCAGCUCAGCUCCGGAAUUGACGAAAGCACUCGCCGACACCCGAAGAAGCCCGCUCACCCGCAGGCUCCGCCAGAUUGAGCUACACGAAAGAGUUCGACUCAAAAUCGACUCUUACACCGGCGAAGAAGACCCCAAGAAGUGGCUAACCGCGUUCAACCUCGCCAUGAGGAGGGAGAAAUACAAAUCUUACGAUGAAAGGGAGGCCAACUACUGUCAACGUCCCGCUGAAGCACUCCGCAACGGCCUCUGGUACGACUCCAAGUUCAAGGAGGAUUUGUCACUAAAACCCCCUGCGACUCUGGAGGACGCGUUCCACCGCUCUCGGAACUACAUCUUCCUCGAGGAAGACCAGCGCUUCUACGCCGAGAAACAUGGAGAUAGGAGGGCAACCUCGACGAAACCCAGAGAGGAACCCAUGGAGGCGCGAAGAAGACACGAUCCAAAGAGGUCUCUCCUCACAGCGUUCGCAGCAGCCGACGACGAGUUCGAGCAAGAACACGCAGCGGCCGUUUCGAUGCCACAAGACAUCAACUCGCUCGGAGAUGACAACGAUACCAAAGCUUUCUGCAAGUUCCACGGGAGGACUGGCCACGCCACUGAAAACUGCAAACACCUAAUGAGCAACCUCAUGCGCAUGUACCAUCGAGGAGAAAUCCCGCCAAUGGACGGUGAUAGGUCCCAAGGAAAAAGCUUCCCGCCGAAACCACCAAAAUCUGGGCAGCAGGAGAAGCGCGGACGACAACCCCGUCCGAGGAAGGAUGCAGAAAAGGCGGAAGCACCGCUUGGGAAAAGGAAUCGUGAUGACCACGACGACCUACCUCCGCCACCGAAGCGACAAGUCAGCAUGAUCAUGGGAGGCUUCCUGGAUAACGACGAUUCCAUAUCGGCGAUCAAGGAAUACGAACGAAAGGCCGUCGCGGCACAACGCUACCCGUAUAUCCAUAAAGGGAUCCCUACCAUCUCCUUCACGGAUAAGGAUGCGAGCGGGCUGGACAUCCCUCACCUUGACCCACUCGUAAUCACUCUACAGAUCCACGAUUGUGACGUCGCGAAGGUCCUGGUUGAUACCGGGAGUACGGUGAACCUCAUCUUUCUGGAAACACUGAACCGCAUGGGGUGGAGGAAGGAUCUAUCAAACCUACAUCCCGUCCCCUCACCGGUUUCACCGCCGAGCAUGUUUACAGCUGUGGCACAGUCCGGCUCCCCGUUUAUGUCGGCGGAAUUUCAAAGCUCUUGA